AUGAAUUCAGUGGAUGUUGAUUCUCGGGAAGGGAGCUGUGACGACGAUCAAAGCGAUGUUGAAAGUCGGUUACCCGAAAAAAACGUCCUCAUUAAAGGCAAAAAUUUCGAAUUCGCAAUUGGCAGACGUAUAUACCGCGGACGAUUUGGUGCUGUUUAUGAGGUAUUACGACGUUCUGACGGGAAACGUUUUGCGGCGAAGCUGGAAGUAUGUGAUGUUCACUUUCAUGGACUCAACAUGGAUUACAGUGUCUUGUCUCAGGCAUCGAAGGCCAACUGUGAGCACAUCGCCAAACUUGUUGAUCGGGGAAAAAUCGAGGGACACUUUAAAUUCAUCGUCAUGAAAAUGUUGGGUGAUAAUCUGCAGAAAUUGCGCCAGUCAUUUGUUGAAUGUCAUUUUUCGUUGUCCACAGCUCUGCGACUCGGGAUUCAAACGCUGGCUGCUCUGGAAGAAUUGCAUGCAAUGGGAUACGUGCACAGAGAUGUUAAGGCAUCAAAUUAUGCAAUAAGCGAAUCGAAUCAGCCAAGAAUGACUGUGUACAUUAUUGAUUUCGGUCUCUGUCGAGUGUAUCGAAGUCCCAAGAAUGGCAUCAAACCACCGAGAAAUAAAACCCCGUUCCGCGGAACAACACGUUAUGCGUCACUCGCAGCACAUCGGGAAGAGGAGCUGUCGCCUAAGGAUGAUCUUGAAUCCUGGUUCUACAUGCUUGUUGAAAUGAUUUCAGGAGAACUGCCGUGGAGUCACCUGCAUCGCACAGAUCGAAAUGAGGUGCAACGACGAAAAGAGGACUGCCGAACACCGGAAUCACUCAAAACAUUCAUCAAAGACUGCCCUAAGGUUGAAUUCAGACGGAUUUUGAACUACAUCGACUCAUUAACAUAUCAGAGCCAGCCGGAUCACACAUUUUUGAAGCAGCUGUUGCAGCUGGCUAUGAAGAACUGGGGUAUAAGAAUGGAAGAGCCCUACGACUGGGAUGAAGAGCUGCAAUCGCAGAACAGCUGA